UUUCAGCAAAAUUAAAACCAUGAAGUUUUGUUCCAAUCUUGCGUUUAUGUUCACCGAGGCGUCGAGUGUUUUGGAAAGGUACGCGCUGGCCAAAGAUGCAGGGUUUAAGGCGGUCGAGACUGGGUUUCCUUUGGGGCACACGGUGGAUCAAGUGAAACAGGCCAAAGAAAAAGCGGGAGUGGAACAAGUUUUGAUCAACCUUAAAACAGGAGACGUUACAAAGGGCGAGCUAGGAGUUACUGCAGUGCCAGGGAAAGAGAAUGAAUUCAAAGACAAUCUCAAAGUAACAAUAGAAUAUGCAAAAGCUGUUGGUGCAAAAAAAAUACAUAUCAUGGCAGGUAGACUAGAUACAGUGACCUCAGAGAAUUGGACCAUUUAUGAGAAUAACUUGAAGUAUGCAGCUGAGGUGCUGAGGGAAGACAAUAUUCUAGGGGUGAUUGAGCCGAUCAAUCAACAUUCUGUCCCAAAAUACUUUUUGAGUGACUAUGGCAAAGCCGUGGACAUCAUAAAACGCAUUAAUAGCCCACAUAUAAAGCUACAACUGGAUAUCUUCCACCUUCAGCAUAUAUGUGGUGAUUUAUCUUACAACAUAAAGAAUCUUAUGCCUUAUGUAGGCCAUGUACAGAUAGCACAAGUACCGAAUCGUAACGAGCCAGAUACUGUUGGAGAGGUGAACUAUCCAUACAUCUUACAACAUUUGGAGCAGUGUGGAUAUAAUGACUGGAUUGGCUUGGAGUACAAGCCAGCUGCCGGCAGCAAGGCUGGACUCAAGUGGAUACAAAACUUUGGCUACACUCUGUGAUUUACUGUUCAAAAUUACUUCAAUUAUAUUAUACAAAAUAUUUGUUUUUUUUUAAUAAUUACUUACAUACUUGUAUAUC